UCAGAAGAAGUUCUCAUUUACAACUGCGACCUGGCCAAGAAAAAGCAAAGCAGUGUGACACAGACAACAACACAGAGUUACCAUGUUGUCAGUUGUCUGUAGCUUGUGAGUGAGUCAGAGUGUGAGUUGACACCCGAACUGAGGCAUGGGAUUAGACUGUUCUGAGGGUUACUUCUGGGACCGCCUGGUCAGGAAGUGUCUGACCUGUCAGAUGGUCUGCCAGCAGCCCCAUCGCCACCUCAGAUGCAUUGAGUACUGUGUGUCUCUGGGGUGUAAGGCGGUCCCAGGGCAGUACUAUGAUAGGCUGUUGAAGAUGUGUCUGAGGUGUGCUGCGGUGUGUGGCAGCCAUCCCUCAGAGUGUUCCCACCAGUGUCAGACCCAACAGUCUGCCUUGAAUGGAAUCUUGAGGCCUGUGGAUGGGAAUGCCUUCCAGAACCAUACCAUCAGGGGGGGCUACCUACCCAGAGGCCUGCCCUACUCAACCAUCCUGGUGUACUCUCUGCUGGGCCUGUGUCUGACUCUGCUGCUGUUGACCCUGUCUGUGGCUCUGCUGGUGCUGCUGAGGAGGCCCUCCCGACCAGGGGCCACACAGAACAGUCACAACCAGGGUCAUGAAGGUCAGAAGGGCCAAGAGUCUAACCAGAACAACCAGUCCUCCAAAGAUUGCCCGACGGAUCCAUCCCUGCUCCAGAUAAACAGUGUGACACUGAGCCGUUCGUCCAGUCCCACAGAGACUUGUGUGUGUGUCCACUGCUUCCCUGACCUCGGAGUGCCUGGCAGGGGAGAGAAGCAGCAGAGACCCCCACUCACCCUCUACCAGCAGGCUGUCCCCCAGGACCUCCACUCUCCGACCAGAGCCCCUCAGUGUGGAUCAUCACAGAGAAUCAUUUGCUCCCCUAGUCAGCCCAGCUUCUGAUUGCAGAACUGAACCAGACUGGACACUAAAUAAAUAAACAACUCUGGACAGAUCUGAUACCACCCACUCCAGGGUGAAGUUUCCCCUAAAUACAGAUCUAGGAUCAACUUCUCCUCCCCAAUCCUAACCUGAACAAUUAGUGGGGGGGGGGAGAAAAACUGUCCCAAGAUCAGAUGUGUGAGCAGUCUGGAGAGCAGAAAUUAAUAGGUGGUGAAGGAUACAGGAGACACUGGAGUGAGACAGAAGCGAGUGACAUAGAACAUUAUAUACAGUGGGGAGAACAAGUAUUUGAUACACUGCCGAAUUGGCAGGUUUUCCUACUUACAAAGCAUGUA